AUGCUCCAGGGUGGCCGGCAAGAGCAUUGCAACGCUCUAGGGUGGCCAGCAAGAACAUUGCAACGCUCCUGGGUGUCCGGCAAGAGCAUUACGACGCUCCUGGGUGGUCGGCAAGAGCAUUGCAACGCUCUAGGGUGGUCGGCAAGAGCAUUGCAGCGCUCCAAGGUGUCCGGCAAGAGCAUUGCAACGCUCCAGGGUGUCACGCAGGAGCACUGGAACGCUCCGGGGAGCAUUGCUACGCUCCGGGCAAGAGCAUCGCAACGCUCCAAGGUGUCCGGCAAAAGCAUUGCAACGCUCCGAGGUGUCCGGCAAGUGCACUACAACGCUCCGGGGGUGUCGGCAAGAGCAGUGCAACGCUCGGAGGUGUCCGGCAAGCACGUUGCAACGAUCCGGGGUGUCGGCAAGAGCAUUGCAACGCUCCAAGGUGGUCAACAAGAGCUUUCCAUCGCCCCGGGGUGUCCGGCAAGCAAUUUGCAACGAUCCAGGGUGUCUGGCAAGAACAUUGCAACGCUCCAAGGCAAGAGCACUGCAACGCUCGAGGGUGUCCAUCAAGAGCAUUGUAACGCUCUGGGGUGUCCGCCCCGCCCCAUUCUACCGCUUUCCAUCAUCUCGCCCCCUUCUCCUGCUUUCCAUCACCACACCCCAUUCUCCCGCUUUCCAUCACCCCGCCCCAUUGUCCCGCUUUCCAUCACCCCGCCCUAUUCUCCCGCUUUCCAUCACCCAGCCCCAUUCUCCUGCUUUCCAUCACCCCGCCCCAUUCUCCCGCGUUCCAUCACUCCGCCCCAUUCUCCCGCUUUCCAUCACCCCGCCCAAUUCUCCUGCUCUCCAUCACCCCGCCCCAUUCUCCCGCUUUCCAUCACCCCGCCCAAUUCUCCCGCUUUCCAUCACCCUGCCCCAUUCUCCCUCCUUCUAUCACCCCGCCCCAUUGUCUCGCUUUCCAUCACCCUGCCCUAUUCUCCCGCUUUCCAUCACCCCGCCCCAUUCUCCCGCUUUCCAUCACCCCGCCCCAUUCUCCCUCCUUCCACCACCCCGCCCCAUUCUCCCGCUUCCCAACACCCCACCCCAUUCUCUCGAUUUACAUCACCCCGGCCCAUUCUCCCUCCUUCCAUCACCCCGCCCCAUUCUCCCUCCUUCCAUCACCCAUCCCCAUUCUCCCGCUUUCCAUCACCCCGCCUCAUUCUCCCUCCUUCCAUCACCCUGCCCCAUCCUCCCUCCUUCCAUCACCCCGCCCCAUUCUCCCGCUUUCCAUCACCCCGCCCCCCCCGCCCCAUUCUCCCGUUCUCCAUCACCCCGCCCCCUUCUCCUGCUUUCCAUCACUGCACCCCAUUCUCCCGCUUUCCAUCACCCCGCCCCAUUCUCCCGCUUUCCAUCACCCCGCCCCAUUCUCCCGCUUUCCAUCACCUCUCCCCAUUCUCCCGCUUUCCAUCACUCCGCCCCGUUCUUCCGCUUUCCAUCACCCCGCCCCAUUCUCCUGCUUUCCAUCACCCCGCCCCAUUCUCCCGCUUUCCAUCACCUCGCCCCAUUCUCUCGCUUUCCAUUACCCCGCCCCAUUCUCCCGCUUUCCACCACCCCACCCCAUUCUCCUGCUUUCCAUCACCUCGCCCUAUUCUUCCGCGUUCAAUCACCCCGCCCCAUUCUCCCUCCUUCCAUCACCCCGCCCCAUUCUCUCGCUUUCCAUCACCCCGCCCCAUUCUCCCUCCUUCCAUAACCCCACCCCAUUCUCCCUCCUUCCAUCACCCCGCCCCAUUCUCCCGCUUUCCAUCACCCCGCCCCAUUCUCCCGCUUUCCAUCACCUCGCCCCAUUCUCCCUCCUUCCAUCACCUCGCCCCAUUCUCCCUCCUUCCAUCACCCCCCCCCCCCCUUUCUCCCUCCUUCCAUAACCCAGCCCCAUUCUCCCGCUUUCCAUCACCCGCCCCAUUCUCCCGCUUUCCAUCACCACGCCCCAUUCUCCCGCUUUCCCUCUCCCCAUCCCAGUCUCCCGCUUUCCAUAGCCCCGCCCCAUUCUCCCGCUUUCCAUCACCCCGCCCCCUUCUCCUGCUUUCCAUCCCCGCACCCCAUUCUCCCGCUUUCCAUCACCCCGCCCCAUUCUCCCGCUUUCCAUCACUCCGCCCCAUUCUCCUGCUUUCCAUCUCCCCGCCCCAUUCUCCCGCUUUCCAUCACCCUGCCCCAUUCGCCCGCUUUCCAUCACCCCGCCCCGUUCUCCCGCUUUCCAUCACCCCGUCCCAUUCUCCCGCUCACCAUCACCCCUCCCCAUUCUCCCCUCUUCCAUCACCCCGUCCCAUUCUCCCUCCUUCCAUCAACCCGCCCCAUUCUCCCUCCUUUGAUCACCCCGCCUCAUUCUCCCGCAUUCCAUCACCCCGCCACAUUCUCCCGCUUUCCAUCAUCCCGCCCCAUUCUCCCGCUUCCCAACACCCCGCCCCAUUCUCUCGAUUUACAUCACCCCGGCCCAUUCUCCCUCCCUCCAUCACCCCACCCCAUUCUCCCUCCUUCCAUCACCCAGCCCCAUUCCCCAUUCUCCCGCUUUCCAUAACUCCGCCCCAUUCUCCCGCUUUCCAUCACCACGCCCCAUUCUCCCGCUUUCCCUCACCCCGCCCAAGUCUCCCGCUUUCCAUAACUCCGCCCCAUUCUCCCGCUUUCCCUCACCCCGCCCCAUUCUCCCGCUUUCCAUCACCCCGCCCCCUUCUCCUGCUUUCCAUCACCGCACCCCAUUCUCCCGCUUUCCAUCACCCCGCCCCAUUCUCCCGCUUUCCAUCACUCCGCCCCAUUCUCCCGCUUUCCAUCACCCCGUCCCAUUCUCCCGCUUUCCAUCACCCUCCCCCAUUCGCCCGCUUUCCAUCACCCCGCCCCGUUCUCCCGCUUUCCAUCACCCCGUCCCAUUCUCCCGCUCUCCAUCACCCCUCCCCAUUCUCCCUCCUUCCAUCACCCCGUCCCAUUCUCCCUCCUUCCAUCAACCCGCCCCAUUCUCCCUCCUUUGGUCACCCCGCCUCAUUCUCCCGCUUUCCAUCACCCCGCCACAUUCUCCCGCUUUCCAUCCUCCCGCCCCAUUCUCCCUCCUUCCAUCACCCCACCCUAUUUUCCCUCCUUCCAUCACCCCGCCCCAUUCUCCCGCUUUCCAUCACCCCGCCUCAUCCUCCCGCUUUCCAUCACCCCGUCCCAUUCCCCCGCUUUCCAUCACCCCGCCCCAUUCUCCCGCUUUCCAUCACCCCGCCCCAUUCUUCCGCUUUCCAUCACCCCGUCCCAUUCUCCCGCUUUCCAUCACCCCGCCCCAUUCUCUCGCUUUCUAUCACCCCGCCCCAUUCUCCCGCUAUCCAUCACCCCGCCUCAUUCUCCCGCUUUCCAUCACCCCGCCUCAUUCUCCCUCCUUCCAUCACCCCGCCCGAUUCUCCCUCCUUCCCUAAACCCUCCCCAUUCUCCCGCUUUCCAUCACCCCGCCCCAUUCUCCCGCUUUCCAUCAUCCGCCCCAUUCUCCUGCUUUCCAUCACCCCGUCCCAUUCUCACACUUUCCAUCACCCUGCCGCAUUCGCCCGCUUUCCAUCACCCUGCCCCAUUCUCCCGCUUUCCAUCACCCCGCCCCGUUCUCCCGCUUUCCAUCACCCUGCCCCAUUCUCCCAAUUUCCAUCACCCCGCCCCGUUCUCCCGCUUUCCAUCACCCUGCCCCAUUCUCCCGCUUUCCAUCACCCCGCCCCAUUCUCCCUCUUUCCAUCACCCCGCCCCAUUCUCCCGCUUUCCAUCACUCCGCCUUAUUCUCCCGCUUUCCAUCACCCCGCCCCAUUCUCCCGCUUUCCAUCACCCUGCCCCAUUCGCCCGCUUUCCAUCACCCCGUCCCAUUCUCCCGCUCUCCAUCACCCCUCCCCAUUCUCCCUCCUUCCAUCACCCCGUCCCAUUCUCCCUCCUUCCAUCAACCCGCCCCAUUCUCCCUCCUUUGAUCACCCCGCCUCAUUCUUCCGCUUUCCAUCACCCCGCCACAUUCUCCCGCUUUCCAUCACCCUGCCCCAUUCUCCCUCCUUCCAUCACCCCACCCUAUUUUCCCUCCUUCCAUCACCCCGCCCCAUUCUCCCGCUUUCCAUCACCCCGCCUCAUCCUCCCGCUUUCCAGGGAGAAGGGGAUGGAAUCAGGGAGAAGGGGAUGGAAUCGGGGAAAAGGGGAUGGAAUCAGGGAGAAGGUGAUGGAAUCUGGGAGAAGGGGAUGGAAUCUGGGAGAAGGGGGUGGAAUCUGGGAGAAGAGGAUGGAAUCUGGGAGAAGGGGAUGGAGUCAGGGAGAAGGGGAUGGAAUCUGGGAGAACGGGAUGGAAUCUGGGAGAAGGGGAUGGAAUCUCGGAGAAGGGGAUAG